AGAGAUGUUGAUAGAUGUCCCAUAUACUGGCUUGCACGAUUUAACAGAACGCCAGAGAAGGCGUGGAAGUGUCAAACUCUUGUACAUAAACAGUCCUCGGCUGUUACAUGCCAGAAUCAUCCCAUAAGUGCUGGGUCCGAACAAUUGCUACGACAGGAUGUCUAGUGCUCAGCCUGCUACUGACUUAUGGUUGGAAAGGUCGAGGUUGGAUGGAAUGAUUCUCGGAGCUGUCUCGUAUGGCUUCUACGCUUUACUUACUAUUCAAGCGACCAGCGCUAUCCUCCACAAGUCCAGGGGUAACGAUGAUAAGAAGAAGAAGAUUGCGUUGCUGUCUUAUGUUGCAAUUACAUUCGUACUUGCUACCAUUGGAUUUGCCGGAAAUGUGAAGUAUACACAAAUGAUAUGGGUCGAUCUACGCAAUGCUCCCGGAGGACCUGAUGCUUUGAUUGAUCUCGAACUGGACUAUUGGAUCAAUAGGAUGGCGCUCGCAAGCUACUAUAUUAUGGAAUGGGUCAUGGAAAUUCUCUUGUUAUACAGAUGCUUUGUAAUCUGGAGAUGGAAGCCGUACAUUGUUCUUCCGAUGAGUGCGCUAUUCCUUGCCUCCGUUGCCAUGUCUAUCCUUGUCUUGACCGAAUCCAUAGGCGCCGUGUUCUAUAACAUCAAAGUUCAGCUUGCAUACCUCUGCAUAGCUGUAGGCACGAACAUUAUAUAUACCAUCCUUGUCGUCGCCCGCCUCGUCGCGGUUCGCAACCAAGUACGCGAGACACUUGGAGCCGAACACGCCGAAACGUACGUGUCUAUAGCGGCGAUGGUAGUUGAAUCCGCAGCCAUGUAUUCGGCGUUAGGAGUUAUUUAUAUUGUAGCCUUCUCCGUCCAUUCGAAUGUGUCAAAUCUUGUUUUCUUAUCUAUAAGCCACGUCCAGGGCAUCGCGCAACUCUUCAUUAUUUUACGAGUAGCGCAUAAUCGUGCUUACUCGGACCGCAUCACCACCAGGACCUCAGAACCAACCACAUUAGCGUUUGCUUCACACUCCGUUCACCAUGCUACCCUCCCCAACAUGCACUCAUCGUCAGAAUCUUCUGAUGCGAUAGCUACUGUGGCAGAGAAGAAAAAUCUGGAUGAGAAACAACUGUCCUCGGCUGAAGCGUCAGACCAGGCACUGGCUCAGGUGUAA